AUGGCCCUGGCACCAGAGCCAGUGAAACAGACGCUGAUGCAGGAGGUGGAAGGAGUCCCCCUCCAGGCCACAACUGUGGACAACUGGGACCAGAUCCAGAGCUUUGAAGCCAAGCAGGAUGACCUCCUCAUUUGCACCUACCCUAAAUCAGGGACCACGUGGAUCCAGGAAAUUGUGGACAUGAUCGAGCAGAACGGGGACGUGGAGAAGUGCCAGAGGGACCUCAUUCAACACCGCCACCCUUUCCUCGAGUGGGCUCGGCCGCCGCAGCCCUCCGGCGUGGAGAGAGCCCGGGCAAUGCCCUCUCCACGGAUCCUGAGGACACACCUUCCCACUCGGCUGAUGCCACCAUCCUUCUGGAAAAGCAAUUGCAAGUUCAUUUACGUUGCUCGGAAUAUCAAAGACUGCAUGGUUUCUUACUACCAUUUCCAGAGGAUGAAUAAAACGCUCCCGGACCCUGGCCCCUGGGAAGAGUAUUUUGAAACCUUCAUCAAUGGAAAAGUGGCUUGGGGUUCCUGGUUUGAUCAUGUGAAAGGAUGGUGGGCAGUGAAAGACAGAUACCAGAUUCUCUUUCUCUUCUAUGAAGACAUCAAGAAGGAUCCAAAGCGUGAGAUUCAGAAGGUGGCACAGUUCAUGGGAAAGCAUUUGGAUGAAGUAGUGCUGGAGAAAAUCGUCCAGGAGACCUCCUUUGAAAAAAUGAAAGACAAUCCCAUGACCAAUCGCUCUACAGUUCCAAAGUCGAUCAUGGACCAGUCCAUCUCCCCCUUCAUGAGAAAAGGAACCGUAGGAGACUGGAAGAACCACUUCACUGCGGCCCAGAACCACAGGCUGGAUGAGCUGUACAGGAAGAAGAUGGAAGGGAGCUCCAUAAACUUCUGCCUGGAACUCUGAGCAGCACAGAAAUGAGCAAAUGGGCAGCAAGAGGUCACGGCAAGCACGUCGUGGAUGUACAGUCCCAGGACAAACUGUCACCACGCUCAACGCUGGCACCGCUUUGUUUCUCACAAUAGAAUCCUGGCUUAAUAAAUCAAGUACACUGUAAAGACUGAAA